CGAAUCGGGUUCGGAGUUUCCGCAUUGGGCUAAAUCCGACAGCCGCCAGCCUAUCAUACAACGAAGUCUUGCGCACUAGCGCCAUCCAUCUAAACACACGAGUGUCUCCCUGAUAUUGAGGCUCCAAGAUCAAUUUCCUCUGCUUCUCGCCGCAAACUUCUGUACUACCUCAUCUGCGCUCCUGAACAUGUCAUCAAUAUACGAAUGCAGUCCGUUGGACAGCGUGAUUCCCGCUCUGUUCAAUGCAAUGAUACUCGGAUUUCCAUGUCGGUCUGAUCAAAGAGAUCGCAUGGCAGCAUUACUGCAGGAGUCUCUCUCUUCCACAGUCCGAGACAGACCUUAUUUGACCGGCGAAGUGGCUCCUGCGGCAAGGGGUCUUGCCCUUCGAGUGCCGUCAGGCGAGCCGGAAAUGGAACUGCUAUUGAAUGAUAUGACCGCUCCCGGCCAUGCAUGGCAAUACAGCUAUGAAGAGCUUCAGAAAAUGGGCAUGCCACUUAGUCUGAUGGAUCCCAGGCUACUUGCUCCAGAGGCCGGCUACAUGACCUCCAUGAGAGUGAUGGCUGCCCGCGCAAACUUCAUUCCUGGCGGCUGCUUGCUCACGGUCUAUUUCCAACAUGCAUUCAUGGACGCGUUUGGCUCAGCUCUAGUCACGGGAGUGUGGGCAGAAAAUUGUCGUAAACUACAGGAAGCUGAACGUUCUGUCGCCUCGUCUUCCCCACUUGCAAGCCUCGAAGCGCCAAAGGAGCUUGAGAUGCCUCCCGCACUCCGUUGGGAGAACAUUGAAGCGUCUGAAAUUGCCUACCAGGAGCUUAAAACCCGACCUGAACUUUGGAAGACCCUGUCGCUUGAUUGGAGAAACCAUAGUGUUGCCGCACCCUUUUCCAAUCACGAUAAGAUGGUGACUGCAUUGUUCCGCAUCUCGAGUGCUGAUCUGAUCGACCUGAAGAACACCGCAUCUCUAAAACUUCCCAAGUCGAGCGAGAUAUCAGCUCCUCAAUUCUUGUCUACUGCAGACUCACUAGGCGGACUUCUCUGGCGAACUAUCAUGCGUGCCAGAUACCCUCCCGAGAAGCAGCCUCCUGUUCGCGAGUCAAUCAUCAACGUGGCUAUGGAUGGCCGACGCGGACUGGGGCUACCCUCAAACUAUCCUGGAAAUGUCAUCUUUGCCAGCAUGACCGAGAAAAACGUCGACUGGCUGACGAGUCCCUCGACGACUGUUGGAGAUGUAGCUUUCGAGCUCCGAAAAUCUCUCACAGCCAACAAGCGGUCUCAGAACCUGAGUGAUGCCUUGAGAUUGGUAGCAAGCAUUCGCGAUCACAGCUCAUUAAAAUUUGCCAUUCCUGAUUGGAGUCACGAAGACUUGAUCUUGACUUCCUGGAUCGAGCUCCCAUUCUACGAGCAUGUGUGGGGUCCUGAAUUCGGCGAGACGCAGAAAGCUGAAUUUUUCCGUAUGCCAAAGGGCCAGUUUGAAGGUAUCUGUAGCGUCCAACCUCGUAGACCUGGAGGAUCCGUUGAAGUCAUCGUUGGCCUGGAACCUGAGCAGAUGGAAGCUUUCAAGAACGAUCCGGAAGUGCUUGAAUACCUGUCUUUUGUUUCAUCAUAAAACAUCCAUUAACUUGAAUCCGCUGUGUCCACAGAUAUCUUGCACCUUGAUCAGAUUUCAUAUUCAAUUCGUUAUGAUUGCGCCAUCUGCCACAAAUCAAAACUCAAUCAGUCGCAAGCCCGAGCCACUAAUGCUUCGAGGGGUUGUUUGGCAAGCACAAGGAAUUUCUUCAUACGUGGUCAAUACAUAACAA